UGAUCGCAGCGAUCCGAGGUCCACUCAGACAAACAAAUAGCCUAUUUCCACUGUCCUCCUCCUCCGCCUGCAUCCGCCAUCAUUCCGCGAACAAUCCUCCAAAGCUCGGUAAUGUGCAUCACGUUAUCCGGAUGCGUGCUUGAAGUUCUAUGCACAAAUGUCAGCCUCACCGAAGACGGUGAAACGGGUUUUUGGUUGGCUGCACAUGCCUGUCAGCCGUCGCUUUCUGACCUUACUAUCAUUGAGUUGAUCCUCAAAUACCUCCUUAUCCUAUCCAGACGACAUGAAGCUCCCGUUGAUUUACGCUGCUGCAGUGUCAUCGCUGUCCCUUCUACCGGCCAUCCGGGCCGGCUCGUAUAGCAUCAACCAGACGAAUAUUGGCUCUAACUUCCUGACCAACUUCGAAUGGGAGGAUAUCGCGGACCCUACCAAAGGCAGAGUGCACUAUGUCAAUCAAUCGACUGCGCUUGCUAAUAACCUCACAUUCACGUCCGAUGACACGUUCAUCAUGCGGGCCGACUACACCACGAAUCUUACCGCUAGCGGAAGUGGGCGGAUGAGCAACCGCAUCAAGAGCUACGCGCAAUACAGGACGCACGUCGCGGUAUUCGACAUCCGACACAUGCCCCAGGGCUGUGGAACUUGGCCUGCGGUAUGGGAGGCUGACGACCAAGUCGGGACCUCCUCAGGGGAAAUCGAUAUCUUGGAGGGUGUCAAUGACAUUGCGCCAAACAGCGUUACUCUGCAUACUACUGGUAGCUGCACCAUGCCCGAGAACAGGGCCCAAUUAGGCUCGUCAGACACGAUAUCGGAUGGGAACAACGGAUGUUCAGUUGACGCGCCUUACACCGCGUCAUACGGGAAGGUCUUCAACACGUACGGAGGCGGGUACUAUGCCAUGGAGCGUACGGCGGAGUAUAUCCGGGUCUGGUUCUGGUCUCGUAACGAUAGCAGCAUCCCGUCCGAUAUCACCUCCGGAGCGUCCGCAGUCGACACAGACAACUGGGGAAAGCCGAUUGCUCUUUUUCCUAACACGGACUGCGAUAUCGGAUCUGCGUUUCAGCGCAACAACAUCAUUAUAAACUUGACAUUCUGUGGUAGUUGGGCUGGUAACUCGUUCAGCAACAACGGCUGUCCGGGGAACUGCACAGAGUAUGUUAAUUACAACCCAUCGGCCUUCGAGGACGCGUACUGGGAUAUUGCCGCGGUUCGGAUCUAUCAACCCUCUUCCAAUUCCAGCGAAGGUCGUCUGGAGACUGUUUCGUCUGUGUUCUUCACGGUUGUUGCGGGCACCGGAUGGUUGUUUUUGUAG